GUGCUUCUCCAGAGCUGAGAUUACUAGGUGCACACCAGCACACUCAACAUUUAACACGAGUGCCAGGGAUCAAACUCAGCUGCUCAUGCUUGUGAGCUGGUCCCGGGUUGGCAUUAUGAACCACACUCCCCAGGCCUUUGUGACCACCAACGCUGGACUCCCUCCGAACUAUGAGAGGCUCAAAGAGGAAUAUGAGGUAGCUGAACUGAGAGGACCCCACGGCUCAGCUGCUGUCAGAACAACUAUGAUCAACAUGCCCAGCGAGGUCUCCCUGCCUGACCACAUCAUCUGGUCCGUGUUCAACAUGCUCUUCGUGAACUUCUGCUGCCUGGGGUUCAUUGCCUUUGCCUGCUCGGUGAAGUCUAGGGACAGGAAGAUGGUGGGUAACAAGACUGGGGCCCAAGCCUAUGUCUCCACCGCCAAGUGCCUGAACAUCUGUGUCCUGGUCUUCAGCAUCCUUCUGGUCGUUAUCACCAUCAUUACUGUCACCCUUGUUUGGGUCAACACUGUCUGAUCAAGCCUUUUCACAGAAGAGAACCGUCUAAGAACUUCCUGUCCAGCCAUGUGCCUCUGCCGCCAUCC